GUGACGUCAGCGACCUGGUCCCCGCCGCCGCCGCUGCCGCCGCAUCCUCUACGCCCGCCAGGAGCCGGCGUCCCCCGCGCCCCUCGCGCCCGGCCCGGCCAUGGCUUUGGUCGCGUUGAUGCCGCUCCUGCUGCUGCUGCUGCAGCCUCCGCCCGCCAACCCCGCGCCGCCCGCCCGCGACCCCUUCGCCCCUCAGCUCGGGGACACGCAGAGCUGCCAGCUGCGGUGCCGCGACCGCUACCCUGGUUCGCAGCCCUCGCAGGCGGAGCUGGAGGAGGAGGAGGACCCCUCGGAGUCCCCGCAUGAGUAUGACAGGGCCGUCCUGAUCAGUGCUUGUGAGCGUGGCUGCCGCCUCUUCUCCAUCUGCCGGUUUGUGGCCAGGAGCUCCAAGCCCAACGCCACCCAGGUGGAGUGUGAAGCAGCCUGCGUGGAGGCCUAUGUGAAGGAGACGGAGCAGCAGGCCUGCAGCGAGGGCUGCUGGAGCCAGAACCCCGAGCCUGAGCCUGAGCAGGAGCAGAAGAGAAAAGUCCUGGAAGCUCCAAGCGGGGCCCUCUCGCUCCUGGACUUGUUUUCCACCCUCUGCAAUGACCUUGUCAACUCUGCCCAGGGCUUUGUCUCCUCCACUUGGACAUACUACCUGCAAACUGACAAUGGGAAGGUGGUGGUGUUCCAGUGGCUUCAUUCCCAGACCCAGCCUGUGGUAGAGACCCUAGGGCACGAGGGGGCCCGUCUGCAGCGAGUAGAGGUGACCUGGCGGGGAUCUCACCCUGAGGCCUUGGAGGUACACGUAGAUCCUGUAGGUCCCUUGGACAAGGUGAGGAAGGCCAAGAUCCGAGUCAAGACUAGCAGCAAGGCCAAGGUGGAGUCCGAUGAGCUACAAGACAAUGACUUCCUCAGUUGCAUGUCCCGGCGCUCGGGGCUUCCUCGCUGGAUCCUGGCCUGCUGCCUCUUCCUCUCCGUGCUGGUGAUGCUGUGGCUGAGCUGCUCUACCCUGGUGACUGCACCUGGCCAGCAUCUCAAGUUCCAGCCCCUGACCCUGGAGCAGCACAAAGGCUUCAUGGUAGAGCCAGACUGGCCCCUGUACCCUCCCCCAUCGCACGCCUUUGGGGACAGCCCCCCACCCUACAAGCUGAAGCUGGAUCUCACCAAGCUGUAGGCCUCGGUCCGCCUGGGGAAUUGUUCCUCAGGCCUCCUCGCCCUGUGCUCAGGAGUCCAGGCCAGGGUGGGACCAUCCUUGGGCUCCUCCACCCACAAAAUCCUUCUCUCUACAGGCCUGCCCCUCUCCCCCGGGUCCUGAUGUCUCUAGGGGGUGACAUCUGGCCUUGCUUCCUCCCUGCCCCCUCCCUAGAGCGAGCUUCUUCCAUCUUCUAUUGUGUAGCUUCUUGAGUAUUUGAACCCCACAUUCCUCUUCCUCCUCUCUCCCCUCUCUGGGGGGCUGAGGCCUCAGGGGAGCCACCUUGUGCUAGGGCUCCCCCCGUCCCCACCCCACCUCUGGAGAUCCAGCCCCAGGAGAGGAGGCCCCUUCAAGAGGAGGCUGUGGGCAGCGCUGAGGCUGGGGCCGCAGCUUGGGGGUUGGGAGGAAUAAAGUGUGUGUAUAAAAGAC